GAGAAUUCGGUUCCCGCAAAGCAUUUUUACAUGAUGAAGUUCAGCUCCGCAUAAGAGAGUGAGAGAGAUGUAGAGAGAGAGAGGGGAGAGAGUGAUGAGAAUGGAGACAGGGAAAGAAGGUGGAGUUUCGAGGAAAACACAGAAGCGCCAUGAACAGAAUGAUCCUUCCAGAAAACAAAGACAAGAGAAAACAAAAAAAGAAAAAGAGUUAAAAAUCAUCACAUGCUAUGCCAACCCAAAUGGUAUUACCUGUCAAAAACACAAAAAGCAAAAAUCUUAAAAAGAAGAAAUUGAAAUCUCAUUUUUCUUUUGGAAAAAACAGAAAACAGAUGACUGGGUACCCAUCCAAGCAAACUUCUCCAAAAAGGUCUAUUCUAAAACAUUGAUUUCAAAGCGUUCUUAUUAUUGGUUCAAUUUAAUACAGUCAGUCACACUUCUCGUUGUUAUCAUUAGUUUAAUCAAUACGUAUCAUUACCUUUUGUACAUACACGCCUGGGAUUUUUAUCUCUCAUGUUUUUAUUUUGGGUUUUCUUUAUUCUAGUUAUUUUGUUUCCAAUUUGUUUUUGUUUUCCCCAUCUAAACAGUUUAGUCAAAAGAGGAUUUUAAUUACCCCCCUCUCUUUCUAUCUCUCUCUUAACUUAUUUUUUCCCCUCGUUUUGAUGUUUUGUUUGUGUUUGACCUUUCGAUGGUUGGAUGUUGGUGUGGGUAAUGUAUUUGUCACUGCACCAAAGCUGACACCCCAUUUAACAAGUAAGAAUAUUUAUUUAUUUUUGGUUUUCUUGAUUUAGCGGUGGAGAUAGAUUCUUAUUAGACACGGUUUUUAUUCUUGAAAAUUUCUAAAUUUUGUUGGGUGGGUGAUUUUUUAGAGCCUAGGGUUUCAUCCUUUUACUUUACGCGUAUAUCCGGGUCCCUAUUUACGAGAUUAAAGCUACGGCCUGCCAAGGGUCGCCGAUCUUUCUUGAUUUCUUCAUCUGGGUUGUUCGAGUUCCUCGAUUUCCUCAUCUGGGUUAGUGAUUUUUUUGCUGUUCUCUAAUCAUCUUGAGUUUUGAUAUCUACUUUCUUGAUUUCCCCAGUUUUCCCUUCUCUAUUUGGGUCAAUUUGUCGAUUAGGGGUUCUUGAUUGUUUCAACCUUUUUGAUCCCUGAACUGGUUGAGAAAUUUGUGUUCUAGGUUCUUAUUUUAGGCUUCUUUAGUGGGUUUCGUCUUGGGCGUUUAGGGUUUGGGUCUGCUGUAUCCUUUGUGGGUGGAGGAUAGGUUUUCUUGUUGGAUGCUGCCUCUGUGGAAGUUCUUCUGAAUCAGGCUACUGAGGGAGGUUGUGUUUUGGUGAAGAUGGUUGGCAUUAAAUGAGGGAAGAACUGGAUUGGCGUUGGUGAAAGGAGUGAAUCUCCUACGCUACUGUUGGUGGCUCAUACAAAUGAUGUUUAGCGUUCAGGGAGCUUCAAAGAAUACUUGUGGUGUCCUUGCAGUCUUAUGUGGGAGAACUUUUGAAGAGAAGCAAAAGCAAGAUGCAGCCGACACUCAGAGAUAUCCAUUCCCAGAAAUUGUUUCUUCCGGGCGUUUAGAGGUUCAGACUCUUAACAAUCCAAGUAGACAAGAGUUCCGUAGAGUGGUGGACUCAUGUCAGCCAAAUUUUGUGUAUUUACAAGGAGAACAACUACCACAUGAUGAAAUUGGAUCUCUGGUGUGGGCGGGUGCUCACUUGUCCACUGCUGAAGCUGUAGCUGGGCUGUUUGGUUCCGUUUUGCCCACCACUGUUUAUUUGGAGCUCCCAAAUGGAGAAAAGCUGGCUGAGGCUCUUCAUUCAAAGGGAAUUCCUUAUGUCAUAUAUUGGAAGAAUACAUUUUCUUGUUAUGCUGCUUGCCAUUUUCGGCAUGCGUUAUUUUCAGUUGUGCAAAGUUCAUCUAGCCAUACAUGGGAUGCUUUCCAGCUUGCUCAUGCUUCAUUUAGGCUUUACUGCAUAAGAAACAACCUUGUCCUUCCAGCUAACAGCCAGAAAAGUAACGAUAAUCUGGGUCCACACCUUCUUGGGGAACCUCCGAAGAUCAAUGUCACUCCACCUGAGCUAGCUGUGGGGGAUGAUGAAGAAGGCUCUUCUGAUGCGGCUGCUGUAAAUAUAUAUGAUGAUGAUGUGAGCAUGAAGUUUCUUGUUUGUGGAGUGGCAUGUUCCUUGGAUGCUUGCUUAUUGGGUUCUUUGGAAGAUGGCCUCAAUGCGCUCUUGAGUAUUGAAAUGCGGGGAAGUAAACUUCAUAACCGGGUUAGUGCCCUACCACCACCUCUUCAGGCAGGGACAUUUUCACGCGGUGUUGUGACCAUGCGUUGCGAUUUUUCAACGUGUAGUUCUGCCCACAUCUCUCUUCUGGUUUCUGGUAGUGCACAGACUUGCUUUGACGAUCAGCUCUUGGAGAAUCACAUAAAGAGUGAAGUUAUUGAAAAAAGCCAGCUUAUCCAUGCGCUGCCAAACAGCGAGGAAAAUAGACAGCCUUUGUCAGAACCCAGGAGAUCUGCUUCAGUAGCUUGUGGGGCAUCAGUAUUUGAAGUUUGCAUGAAGGUCCCUGCAUGGGCUUCACAGGUUUUGAGGCAACUAGCGCCAGAUGUUUCUUAUCGUAGUUUAGCUGCACUUGGCAUUGCUAGCAUUCAGGGAUUAGCUGUUGCUUCAUUUGAGAAAGAUGAUGCAGAACGACUUCUUUUCUUCUGUACUAAGCAAGGCAAAGAUCCAAAUCUCAACAGUUCUUAUUUCAGCACACUUCCUAGCUGGUUAAGACCACCUGCUCCUAGUCGAAAGAGGUCUGAAUUAUGCCAAGAAACAAGUCAAGGCCCUCCCAAUGGUUUGGUUGUUGGAAAUGCCAAAAGGGAAGACAAAGGAUUGACAAAUGGCGUUAUCAGUAUACCCUUGGUGCCUGUUAGACGACAAUUAAAAGUUGCAGCAAUGAGGCCAAUCCCUCAUAUUCGUCACCAGAAAAUGCUUCCGUUUUCUGCAACAAUUGAGGUGGAUGGGCAUGAUAGAGGCCAAGUUAAGGCUAGUGUGUCAGUAGCUCCGUCAAAACACAGUUUGAUGGGAUCAAAUCCUAUUUCCCAUCGGAAGUCAAAUUCCAAUUCAUUUCAGGCCAAACAGAUUAUUUCGUUGAAUCCCCUCCCGCUGAAGAAACAUGGUUGCGACCGAAGCCCAAUUCAUGUUUGCUCUGAGGAGGAGUUUCUCAAGGACGUUAUGCAGUUUCUAAUCCUUAGGGGACAUACCCGUCUCAUUCCUCAAGGUGGGCUUGCAGAAUUCCCCGAUGCAAUACUUAAUGCAAAACGCCUGGACCUCUUCAACUUGUAUAGGGAGGUGGUUUCAAGAGGUGGCUUUCAUGUUGGCAAUGGCAUCAAUUGGAAAGGACAGGUUUUUUCGAAGAUGCGCAAUCACACAGUGACCAAUAGAAUGACUGGUGUUGGGAAUACGCUUAAAAGACAUUACGAAACUUACCUUCUGGAGUACGAAUUGGCUCAUGACGAUGUAGACGGAGAGUGCUGCUUGUUAUGCCACAGUAGCGCAGCAGGUGAUUGGGUAAACUGUGGUAUAUGCGGCGAGUGGGCCCAUUUUGGUUGCGACAGAAGGCAGGGCCUCGGUGCCUUUAAGGAUUAUGCAAAAACAGAUGGACUAGAGUACAUAUGUCCACAAUGCAGCAUUUCAAAUUUCAAGAAGAAACUGCAGAAAACAUCUAAUGGAUAUUCUUAACGGUUCCUGUACCACAGUCGGAUGGACUUAGGUUCCAUUGUCCUGUUCGAAAAUUCGUCCUCUUCUCAUCUUGGUUUAAAAGGAGGAAUUCACCAAACUUGUUCGAGGAGGAGGUCUACAGGUAUUAUUAAGUUGUCCCCAUGUUCCUCCAUCAAAUGGUGGCUUGGGACACGGGACACGACGAUACUGAGUGAACAGAAAACAAGGAAAAGGAAGAGCCGCUAAAUAGAGACACUAAUUUAUUUAUAGGAGGGUUGGUGUAGGGGUGUAGGAAUUCCAUCUUUUGAAAAGGGUUAGUAUGUAAUAUGAAAUCCGUAUCUCCAACCUUAUGUUUUGUAGUUGUUGUAGUAGCAUUAUAAAGUGGUGUAGUUCUUUCGUGGUCUAUGGAAGGAAAAAUUAUUUGGGUGUUC